AUGGAGAACAUCCGAGCGUAUGGCGUCGGAUUAGCAGGCGGUCAGUUCGACGCCAAUGCGUUCCUCAAAAAACCUACAGUCAUCUUCAGAGGAAUUGCUUUGGUUCUCGCUGGUAUUCUAUGGUUUAGCAUAUCAAAAGGUGGAUGGCAUCGACUUAAUGGAAGUUCACAUCAUCAGAUAUGCCUUUAUGGUAGUAGCGCUUCCACGUGUUCGUUCGCAUCGGCUCUUGGAUUUUUUUCGCUUGUUGGUGCUGGCGCAUUGCUGUUAUCAGACGCACGACUUGAGCGGAUAUCGUCAAUCCCAACGAGAAAACGUGUUGUUACUGGAGAUUUAGCAGUAUCCGCCAUAUUUACCGUCAUAUUUCUCGUCGCUUUCUUCACAUUCUGGAGCAAAUUCUCAUCAUUCGAGAUUGACGAACCGUAUUCCUCUGGUUAUGCAAAACUUGGCAUACUUGUCUCAUUUCUAUCAGCGUUGGCCUGGGGUGGUGCCGCAUUCUUCGCUUGGAGACGAUAUGAAGAAGGAGCGAUAACAGCGCUAGGUACAAACUUCGACAAUGAAUUUAGCGGAAUAGAUGGGGAUGUUCAAGAUGGUUAUGGAUACGGUGGAAGUUCUGAUGGUAUUGGUGCUGUCGGUGUAUCAAAUACUUCCUACCAAGCAGGAGCACCACCGACGAUGCCACCACCGACUAAUCCUAAUCCAUUUGUGGGCACCGAUGGAUAUGGCUAUUAA